AGAACACGCAAUAUCGCUAUGUACCUUGGAUAUAAACAGAGGCCGUUGUCACUCUGGCACCUAAAACGAAACUGCUCCUAGCCAAGCUUCAACGGGUCAAUAAGAAUGGCAACCAACCACAUCGCAAAACUACUUGAUGAUUUAAGCGCCGAGUUUCUAGAAUGUCCCAUUUGCCGAAAUCCGUUCGAUGAAAAUAUGCAUACACCUAGGUAUUAUCCCUGUACACACACGACCUGUGAACAAUGUAUGACUCAUCAAUUUCUACAAAGUUCAACUUAUGAACGUGUGAUCCGCUGUCCGUUGUGCUUGCGAGUCUAUCAGGCCUCCUCCCCUGACGUUUUAAAUUAUGAAAAAAACAAUAUUUUAAGAGAUUUGAAAUCUUUUAUUUCGACCAAAGAGAAAGAGGAGUUUUGCGACAAGUGUCCAAACAAGUUUGCGGACGCGUACUGUAAAGAUUGUGACUCAAGUCUGUGUAGAUCUUGUAGUGAAGCAAUCCACAUUGGCAAUAACUCAAGUCACAACAUGAUGUUCAAGGACAAGAAACUUCAAGUUGACGCGUGUCAUUUUUGUCUUAAGCAGUCGGAUAUAUUCUGCCCAAAUUGUAAAAUAUUCUUUUGUAAAGCUUGUAGAAAUGUUCACCACAGUGACGAAACUGUUGGUAUUCAUAAAGUCUGCAUCACCAACCCAGAAUACAUUCCAUACAUACCACUGGAAGUUUCAUUUAUGCAAAAACCACGGGAAAUCGACGAUUCUAUGCGGGGUCCUGGUCGAAUCAUUAACGAACGAUUCCAAAUUUUGAUAUGGAAACUAUGGACCUUCGGUCAGGCUUUCGUUGCCAUGACGUCUCCAGUUAACACUGCCUUGGUGCUCUUUCUGAUUAUGCUAGUCAUAAUAGGCGUAUAUAUCCCUAGCUUUCCCGCCUUCACCAUUCUACCAUCAGAGGAAGUCGAACCGGUGAACAUGGUAUGUCAACACAGGACAAAAGAAGAAGUGUACCAGAACACGGAAAUAUCGAAAAAGCAAGUGCAUAGGACUGUGUGUACCUUUAACGUUUUUCAUUACAAUUUACUCAGCAGAAACAGGACAUAUUUUGUACUUGACAUUGACAUUGACAUAGCAAAAACAUAUCGUUAUGGGAGGGUUGGAAAACUGUUCACCAUCAAGUUGUUUCAUCUAAACAAGGAGCACAACACACAUCACAAACAACGUAAUAUGUACUUGUCUGUUUCUCGGUGCAAGACCGAAAAUGGCGAACUUGCUAUGUGUCUGGAAGACAUCAGCUACAAGAAAGAGACCCAACUGACCCAGAGGCUCAUCAGCACAGUAGUGAUGAAACAGAUCAAGAGGGUAUCGUUCCUUUUUUUGGUAGAUAACGAGAAAAAAAUAAUGGAAAUCUUCACACCUGUGAUGCUUUGGAAGGAUGUUGUUUUCCUAGAGCAUUACUAUGAAAGCAAGACCUUAAGCGUUUGGAUCUCACUUGCUGAUUCAAAAAAUGAUAAGUAUAUAACAGCAAGAAUAAGGAGUGGGGCAGAUAUUACAAUCGUCGAUCUACCAAAUCCUGCCGUUGUUACUAAUUAUCAGAUCGUCCAUCGGGUGUUAACGUAUCCUUUCCGCUGCCUUUAUGCCUACCUCUGGAAUGCAAUCCUACCACUUCCUAUUCCAAACGAAAAUAACGAAAAGGAGACAUUGCACCCCUAAAUUCAUUUUGUGCGUUCCUUUGAGACUCACUGCUUUAUUAAUUGUCAAUACACAGCUUUUCUUUUGGUUUUAAAUUUAUUUCAUUUAACAGGAGAUUUUAGUUUCAGUUUCAUAAUGUGUAUUUCCUUAUCCUGCUUUGCAACAUUAUUCGCAGCCGGAUCCUAAAUAGGCCAUGAGUUUGACCCCUGGCAUCUCUGUUUUUCAAUAUAAUCGAAACACUAUAAUGCUGCAAAAUAUAUCGAAAGACGAAUGAAGCAAAUACAAAAUGGAAUCCACAGUACAUUCUGUAGCUAUUUAAAAUGUUAUAAAAUUAUGUUUCCAAAGUAUGUUCCCAAAAUAUGUAUAUGGUAAGUGUUUUUCAUUUAACAGAAUCACGGGUUUGACAUAUUUUUCUGUAAUACAUAUUUCACUGUGUAAUAUCGCCAUAAAGAAACAGUCUAUCCAUUCAAGGAUCCCUGUCCCACUGCACUGUGUUUUUUUCCUAAAUACGUAUACAGUAAACUCCAUGUAACUUCCGCUUGGAUUUAAUUGCAGCACAGUUGGUCCACGACGCUUCCGUGUACCAGGUCGCUCAAUCAGUUAGAGCGAUGUUAUUAUCAAUCUGAAACUCAGGGUUUGAAUUUCGGUCUAGUCACGGCCUGCUGAAGUGUUACACCCAGAACACUGUUGUUGUUUGUAUUUUGUUUAUUUCAUCCUUAUUAUCUCUCAUAAAAGUCUCGCAAUGUAUAGGUUCCUUUAAAAAAUGAUCUAUCAAAGCUAUAAUUUUGCUUUGCUGAUGUGUUCUCAUGGUAACGCUAAUGUAUUCUCAUGGUUACGCUUAUGUGUUCCUAUGGUUUCGGUGACAAAAAUAUACAUAUCAAUUAAUUAUUGCUCUGCCGUGGCGUUAACAAAAGAUAUGAGUACGUAACAAGUACAUAAGGUAUGGUGCACUUUAUGCUAGUUUGUAUCAUUAUCCUUUAUUUAAACACUCAUGAUUUCCAUUAUAAGUUCUACAUUUGAAUUAUGAAUUAGUCUACCAAUAAAUUUGCAGGAAAGUUGAUUAUCCAGUAAAUAUGGAUGACGAUGUUGAUUUUAUCACCGAGGAAUCACGCAUACUAAUUCCCCGUUUAACUUCUUCAGUAAAGCACACCUAUCCGCAAACAAGUUAACUUAACUCAUUUCGAAAAAAGGUACUAUAAUGUUAAAGUGUUUAUAAAUCAACACCUUCAGAUGUUUAGAUAUAUGAGUGGCGCUUUUAAUCAUGCUAGCGUGGUCAAUGCUUAUCGUUUUUUAUAUAUGCAUGUUAAAAUGUUAAUAUUAUAAGGCUUUAUUUAUUUGUUUCAGUUCCAUGAAAGAGUAUUUUGUGACCAUUUGGUUGAUUAUAUUUGACCUGUUACCUCACUUUACCAUCACUUUACGAAGGUAUAUGUCAUACACUAUGAGAAAUCUAAAUUUGUCAUUGAAAACAAAAAUGGAAUAAAUGCA